ACACACACCACAAAAGUUCUAAGAAUUCCCACCUAGAACCCCGAGAGAUUUACUGAGCCCCAGCACCCCCAGUACUUUCUUCCUCAAAAUUCCACUUCCGGGAUGGUGGCCCGCAAGGACCAAACUUUCUCCUGUGCCGGAUCGACGAGUCUCGCUUCGGUUUCCCCGCAGCUCGUGUUCUCCUCCGGCCCCUCCCGACAGCCUCCCGGGCGCGCGCAGCCCCACUUCCGGCGUACGAGGCGGUGACAAUGGGAGCGGCGCGGGCGGCGCCGGGAGGCAGCUGACAGGCGUCUGCGGCUUCGCUUCAUGGCCGCUCUCUCGCCCCGCCUGGGCUGUGUGGGGAGUGGGGGAGCCCGCGGCGGCCCCGAGCCGGAGCUGGCGAGUCGAGCGGGGACCUGUGCGCGGCGCCGCUGAGGCGCAGCAUGUGAAGCAGAGACGGCAUCCAGCGCGGGGCGAGCCUCUCAGCCGGCCGGGAUGGCUACGACGGCCGAGCUCUUCGAGGUGGGUCCUGGCGGCUCUUCAGGGAGUGGCAGGCCCGGGGGCAGCAGGCAGCGUGGUGGGUGGGCAGAGGAGCUGGCGUUCGCCCGCUGCCGGCUAGAAGUCCUGGGAAGAAAGGAGCCUUUUGUGGCUGAUGAGUAUAUUGAACGACUUGUGUGGCGAACCCCAGGAGGAGGCUCUAGAGGUGGACCUGAAGCUUUUGAUCCUAAAAGAUUAUUGGAAGAAUUUGUAAAUCAUAUUCAAGAACUGCAGAUAAUGGAUGAAAGGAUUCAGAGGAAAGUAGAGAAAUUAGAGCAACAAUGUCAGAAAGAAGCCAAGGAAUUUGCCAGGAAGGUACAAGAACUCCAGAAAAGCAAUCAGGUUGCCUUCCAACAUUUCCAAGAACUGGAUGAGCACAUUAGCUAUGUAGCAACCAAGGUUUGUCACCUUGGAGACCAGCUGGAGGGGGUAAACACACCCAGACAGCGGGCAGUGGAGGCUCAGAAAUUGAUGAAAUACUUUAAUGAGUUUCUAGAUGGACAAUUGAAAUCUGAUGUUUUUACAAAUUCUGAAAAGAUAAAGGAGGCAGCAGACAUCAUUCAGAAGUUGCACCUAAUCGCCCAGGAGUUACCUUUUGAUAGAUUUUCAGAAGUAAAAUCCAAAAUUGCAAGCAAAUACCAUGAUUUAGAAUGCCAACUGAUUCAGGAGUUUACCAGUGCUCAAAGAAGAGGUGAAAUCUCCAGAAUGAGAGAAGUAGCAGCAGUUUUACUUCAUUUUAAGGGUUAUUCCCAUUGUGUUGAUGUUUAUAUAAAGCAGUGCCAGGAGGGUGCUUACUUGAGAAAUGAUAUAUUUGAAGAUGCUGCAAUACUUUGUCAGCGAGUGAACAAACAAGUUGGAGAUAUCUUUAGUAAUCCAGAAACAGUACUGGCUAAACUUAUUCAAAAUGUGUUUGAAAUCAAACUACAGAGUUUUGUGAAAGAGCAGUUAGAAGAAUGUAGGAAGUCUGACGCAGAGCAAUAUCUCAAAAAUCUCUAUGAUCUAUAUACAAGAACCACCAAUCUUUCCAGCAAGUUGAUGGAGUUUAAUUUAGGUACUGAUAAACAGACUUUCUUGUCUAAGCUUAUCAAAUCCAUUUUCAUUUCCUAUUUGGAGAACUAUAUUGAAGUGGAGACUGGAUAUUUGAAAAGCAGAAGUGCUAUGAUCCUACAGCGCUAUUAUGAUUCAAAAAACCAUCAAAAGAGAUCUAUUGGCACAGGAGGUAUUCAAGAUUUGAAAGAGAGAAUUAGACAACGCACCAAUUUACCACUGGGGCCAAGUAUCGAUACUCAUGGGGAAACUUUUCUAUCCCAAGAAGUGGUGGUUAAUCUUUUACAAGAAACCAAACAAGCCUUCGAAAGAUGUCAUAGGCUUUCUGAUCCUUCUGAUUUACCAAGGAAUGCCUUUAGAAUUUUUACCAUUCUUGUGGAAUUUUUAUGUAUUGAGCAUAUUGAUUAUGCUUUGGAAACAGGACUUGCUGGAAUUCCUUCUUCAGAUUCUAAGAAUGCAAAUCUCUAUUUUUUGGAUGUUGUGCAACAGGCCAAUACUAUUUUUCAUCUUUUUGACAAGCAGUUUAAUGAUCACCUUAUGCCACUAAUAAGCUCUUCUCCUAAGUUAUCUGAAUGCCUUCAGAAGAAAAAGGAAAUAAUUGAACAAAUGGAGAUGAAAUUGGAUACUGGCAUUGAUAGAACAUUAAACUGUAUGAUUGGACAGAUGAAGCACAUCUUGGCUGCAGAACAAAAGAAAACGGAUUUUAAGCCAGAGGAUGAAAACAAUGUUUUGAUUCAGUACACCAAUGCCUGUGUAAAAGUCUGUGCUUAUGUAAGAAAACAAGUGGAAAAGAUUAAAAAUUCCAUGGAUGGGAAAAAUGUGGAUACAGUUUUGAUGGAACUUGGAGUACGUUUUCACCGGCUUAUUUAUGAGCAUCUUCAACAAUAUUCCUACAGUUGUAUGGGUGGCAUGUUAGCAAUUUGUGAUGUAGCUGAAUAUAGGAAGUGUGCCAAAGACUUCAAGAUUCCAAUGGUAUUACAUCUUUUUGAUACUCUGCAUGCACUUUGCAAUCUUCUGGUAGUUGCCCCAGAUAAUUUAAAGCAAGUCUGCUCAGGAGAACAACUUGCUAAUCUGGACAAGAACAUACUUCACUCCUUCGUACAACUUCGUGCUGACUACAGAUCUGCCCGCCUUGCUCGACACUUCAGCUGAGGAUCAAUUUGCAGAGGAGAUGAGUUGUAAUUCAGUAGACCUUAGUUGAUAGAAAGCACAGGAGAUUCCUUAUGACACAGCUAACAUUUUAUGAAAAAAUGACUGUUUGGAAGAAAACAGCAGCCAUAUUUAUCUUUAAGAUUUUAUUUGUGACUCCAACCCAAAAAAAAAAAAGGAUUUUAUUUGAACACCACUGACUGUAUUUUGAUUCCCCCUUACUUGAAUUUUAAUUUUAUUCUUGAAUUUAUAAAUUUCAGAUUUUAUAAAACAACAUGCCACUGUUUCAUCCUGGAAAACGUUGGUGUCAGAAGGCAGAUGAAAUGUUACCAGUGUUUUUGCUUCUUAUACUUCAUCAUAUUCCAUUUGGAAAUUUUACCAGUCCGUUUUGCAUUAAAAAUAGGUGAAAUACAACAAAACCACAUUUAUUAUUUAUCAGUUUUAAUGAUCUUUUCAGCACUGGUAAUUGUUAAUCAAAGUUGUUUUAAGUUUUCUUAAAGAAUUUUUUGCCUCUCUCAAAAGGUUAACAAUUAAGCAUAUUUUCUGGAGGUGACUGGUUGGAUUUUUUUCUGAGGUACAUUAAUACUAUUCCAAGAAAAAUAUCAUAAAUUAAACUAAAAUGAUGAAGUGUUUUAUGUCGAUAUUAGUAGUGGAUCAGAAUACAUCUGCUUUCUGGGUAAAAAAAGUUUACUAUUUCUUAUUUGGUAAAUAGAUUUUAAGCCAAAUUCUAGCAAGAAAUUAGUAAAAAUACCUUAUUUUAUAUUUCCUUAAGAUAAGGUAGAGGACCUUAGCUAAAGAACCAUAUUUAUUCAUUAUUUUAAUAUUAUAAGGGAAGUUCAAAAAGUGAGGUAUAGUCUAACUGGUGCAUGUGAGAAAUAUUGGCAGUGUUUAACAACAAUGCAAUCUUUUAAGAUUUCUGUCUUAAUGCUAAACUUGAAUAAGAUGGAACAGUUGAACAUGCGGGUAGUCUUUUAUUUGAAGAAGAAUUGGGAAUUGAUAGAUACCAUUCUAAGUUUCGAGACAAGCUUUGCAAAGACUGGUUGCUUUUCAUAUCUAUAAAUCUGUGAUUAUCCUUUUUCAAGGCAUUUUUGAAGUUAUUCCUACUUGAAUAUAGUUAAUAGAAUUGGCUUAAUUUGGUGACAUAAUAAAUCACUUAUAAAAUUUUAAACAUCAAGUGAAAAUUUAGAAAGGUCGUUAUUCUAUAAACCAUAUAAACUUGCUCUGUGAGAAUGCGUUCUAAAUUAUAUUUAAUGUUUCAACUUUCAUUGUGUUGUUCAUGGUCUUCUAGCAACAGAUAAAUUUAAAUGUUCAAUUUAUUCUUGACUUUUUUUUCUUUAAUGUAGGCUUUUUGGCCUAAUUUUGGAAAACUGCUUUUCUUAUGAUAACCUUAUUCUGAAUAGCCAUCAACUUUACCAAACCUUCUAGGUCCAGAACUAACUACUGUUUAAGUUACUAUUUAUGGAAUUUUCUUCAUUUUCUGUUUAGCCCAGUGUUAAGGUAAACAAGGGAAAUCAAGUAUGCCAACUUUUGUCAAAGCAUUUUAGGACAUGGUGGCAGCUUUAGAAGGCUAUCUAGUUUUAUAUUCCUUAGCCAAGGAAGAGCCAGAACAGGUUUUGGAUACUAGAGAAAGUCAUAUGCUUGUACUGUUGCCAUUUUAGAAAACUCUGAUGUGAAUUCAAAUUAUACCUCUGUUACUUAAAGCCAACAAUUUUAAGGCAGUAGUUUUACUGGCCAUUUGAGCUCUUUGUACAGUGUCAAUUUGUAAAAAAAAAAGAAAAGAAAAGAAAAGAAAAAAAUCUCAAAUAAAACAUGAGAUAACAUUUUAAGACUUCCAUAUCAGAGGAGUGCUUCAAAUUAUUUUGUUGGAUUAAUUUUUUAAGUGUAAAGCAUAUACUUGUUACUUAGACAUUUUGUUAAUUAUUAUUUCCAUGCUUGAGUUCUGUGCAAUAUUUUCUAUUAUGUCCAUUGACAGGACAGUGACAGAGAAACUUAUAAGUGAAUACUUAAUUUAGAAGUGUUAACAUUAAUGCUCAAUAAACAAAUUCCCUGCAA